AUGGUGAUUGAAGAAUCACUAGCCGAACGUUUUGGCCUACCUCAAGAAACAACUGAAAUCUGCACAAUGUCCGGAAUAGGUGGACAUAUUGAGUGCUUCAAAAGUCAUAUAUUACAUAUGAAAAUUGGCACCUCCUACGGUGAAGUGAUUAACAUGAAAAUUCAGACUAAAACUGUGGUCACAAACGGGUUCUCAAGUGUAAACCUAAGCCCAGUUGAUAUCGAAAUUCUGAAAGAAAACAAUGUUUGUCUGGCAAAUUCGAAACUUAGAAGGGAAAGCCAAACCCCAAAUGUUCUAGUAGGGUUGGACUAUUAUCAUGAGUUAGUAACUGGUCUUUCUCACCUAAUGAAGACCCCCAGUGGUCUCCAUAUCGCAAAAACUGUAUUUGGAGCUGCGAUAUACGGAAAAGGAGCUGUUCAUACAGGGAACAAAACAGAUACUCUGUUGUGCUAUGGACUCACUGCUGUACACGAAAGCAUCGAACAAGACACAAUUCUCAACUCCAGACCGCUUACAAAAUGUGAUACUGAUGUCAUCACAAAACUUCUUCCACUUUCCAUUGAUUUAUUGCAAGGAAACAUUAGGUAUUCUAACCCAAAUGGAAGUGCAUUGCAUGAACGAACAUGA